AUGCAAUACAUCUGUUCUGCUCGAAUGCAAAUGUACUAUUUUUCCCUGGCUCGCCCUAUUGUCGAAGCAUUCUCACAGUCGAAGGGCUUCUGCAACAUUUUGAUUGUUGGAGCUGGUGGUCUUGGUCUUUGGCUGCUCAAACUUGCGAAACACUUUCUUGUGGCGCAGCAUGACAGGAAGAUCCGGUUGAUGGUUGCUGAUGCAAAAGAGGAACGACUUUGUUUGGCUGAAAGAAAUGGAGCUGAUUUUGUUGUGCAUUGGGAUGAUUCUGAAUUCGAAGAAUAUCUGAUAAUGCGUACAAAAGAUGUAGCUCGAACAGGAGUGAAUGUUGUGUUUGAUUUUGUAACUUCUCCAAGAACAGUAACACGUUCUCUCAAAUGCCUUGCUGAGGGAGGUGUACUGUUUGUUGGCGGUCUUUCUGGUCUUGAUGUUCAACUUCCAAUCAAGCUUGUAGCAAAGAACAGAUUGGCGAUCAUGGGUGUUACGAGAGGAAGCAUGGAACAGCUGAAAAAUCUAGUCCAUCUGAUUGCUGGUGGCCAGAUUGAAGCACCUGAUUAUCGAGUUUAUCCAAUGAAUCAAGCUUCCCAGGUACUGAAGCAAUUAUCAAUGUCGGAAGUUGAAGGACGAGCCAUUUUGGAGGUUUGCGAUCCUGAGGCAGCUCUGGACCCUUCGAAGGCUGCAGCUGAUAAAGAAUGA